UAAAAAGUGGAAUAAGUCCAUUUCCCAAGUUUAGGUAAACCAGGAAAAAUGCGAGUGUUAACCCUCGUUGGCUAAAACCCCAUAGGCUAAGCUCCGCCUGAGCAAAAAAUAAAAGUACAAUAGUAAAAGAGGCGUAGCGAAAAGAAAUCCUCGAAAAAUUCACACGAGAUAAACAUAUACGAUUCAUACGAGUGCGAGCGAGAAAGAUGCCAUUAAGAAAAAAUCACAAAGAAGCCCAUUCUUUUCCAUUUCCUCCCUCACUAAUAACGGCUUAGAAAAAAUCCGGUGGGCUAACCGUCUCGUUCUAACACGCAAGGGUGGGACUCGAACAGGGUCGGGCGAGCGAGAGGGGCGACGUGUCCUUCGCGCCCUUUUAAUAAAUAGUUCUUAUUUCGGCCGCGGUCCGAGCGGUCCGUCAUGUGAUUUUGGGAAAUCGCGCUCAUGUCCAGCGCGGGGGGCGCGGGCGCGGGGCGUGCGGCACACGCCGGCAGCCGCUCGCCGCCGCGCCGUCUUUUCCUUGACCGGACGCAUUUUUCCGCGGAAAAAACGCGGGGCGCGUGCGCCCGGCGACGGUGGGGAUGUUCUUAGCGACGUCUAAGGCGGCGGGGGCGGCGCCGCGUCUUGCUAGUUGGAGCGGCGUCUUCGGCCGGCGCGCGCGUCCGCCCCACCCCGCAAGAAACCGUCGCGACGCUCAAGUUUUCCACCAAGAAGUUAGUCGUCGCCCGCCCGCGUCUCAAGAAGGUCCGCUUCCCUUUUCCCGGGGGGUGACUUUGAAAUUUUCCGCGAAACCCCAAAAUUAAUUUCGGAAAAUUCUCGCGUAACUUUCGAAUUUCGCGCGCGCUUUUGGACAGUUUCGGGACUGAAGCCGGGGUCAACUUCUGUUUGCAGAUUCGCGGUAUCGACGAAGACAUCGGAAUUAGGGAAAGUGCAAUAGAAGAGUUUAGAGAAGAUAAUUUAAAAAACGCGAGAGAUCGCAUGAGUUCGUUGUGACGAUACGCUCGAAGCUGGAAUUAAUGUUGAAAUACUUCAAUGAGAAUAUAUCCCUAGCGCUGCAGGAGAGGUAUAGGGACCUCCAUGAAUACCGGAAGACGGAGGUAGAGGAGGGGUCACCGAGGGAGGCGAAAGUUCCGAAAAUAGCGGAGGAAGGCGAGCCAGUUGGCGGCGGCGAGGGCGCGUACGAGGCGGGCGCCGCGCCGCCGUUCCCUCGGCUGCUAGACCCUCCUAAAGAAGAAGACAACUUCGUGACAAACUGGCUGCAGAACUCGUUUAAGAUGACUGCAGCCGAAGGGAACAAUGAGGCCUCUUCUGGCAGCGCUUUGGAUUUACGCGCGGCGCCGUUGUCGCUGCACAUCCCUGCCUUGCAGCAGGCAGCCGCCGCAGAGGCGCAGCGGUUUAAGAUGCAGGACUUCUGGAACCGCAGCCGACCGACCUCUCCGGCUCAGGAACCUCUGCCAGAGGCCCACGGACAGCCGGGUCCAGCGCCUCCAACUCCGCAGCCUCCUGCAACACCAGAUCAUAACAAAAUGAUUGCUGAAAAACUCGUCAAUGAAAUACAGCAACAACAGCAGUCUCCUUCAGCUGAUUCUACAAUGAGCGAACGAUCGCUAGUACCAUUUGCGCUGGUAAAUUUACUAUCAUCACUCAAUAAUAUCGAUCCACAGCAGCAAUCGCCAUCGGGCGAGGCCCCAAUGGGCGACCGGAACGCAAUGCUGCCCUUCGCUUUGGUAAAUUUCCUGAAUAACCUGAAUAUCGAUCAACAAGCGAGAUCCGGGCAGAGCAUCAGCGAGCGAACGCUGGAGGAGUGCUGGUCGACACUGCAGCGAGUGAGUUGGCACCUGUUUCAAUGCAUCUUCAUGCACAAAAACGCGAUGCAGAUGCAUGCUCGAGAGCUCCAACGAGGUCUCGGAGACCAAGUCAAGCCUCACCAGUGCCAGCAGUGUCUCAAGUCCUUCUCCUCAAAUCACCAGCUCGUCCAGCAUAUCCGAGUCCAUACUGGCGAGAAGCCUUACAAGUGCUCAUAUUGUGACCGAAGGUUCAAGCAGUUGAGCCACGUUCAGCAACAUACGAGAUUACAUACAGGUGAACGCCCCUACAAAUGUCACCUACCAGACUGCGGUAGAGCCUUCAUCCAGCUGUCUAACCUCCAGCAGCACCUGCGAAAUCAUGAUGCCCAGGUGGAAAGGGCUAAAAACAGACCGUUCCAUUGUAAUAUUUGCGGAAAAGGCUUUGCUACUGAAAGCAGUCUAAGGACUCAUACAGCCAAGGAGCUUCAGCUGCACCUUGGUGUUUUGCAGCAACAUGCCGCUCUCAUGAUUGGUGGCGCAACCGCCACACCAUGCCCCAUUUGCCAUAAAGUUGUGUUCGGUGGCGAAGCUCUAGUAGAACACAUGAAGAACACACAUAAGGAUCCGAACGCGUCCGGCGUUGCGAGCCCUCCAGCCACGUCACCAUACCCAGCGCAAGCUAAACCGAUUGAUCCUUAUAUAGCGAAGCGGCGUACGGCGAAUCAUCCCUGCCCCGUUUGUGGGAAGCAUUAUGUGAAUGAAGGUUCCCUAAGAAAACACCUCGCCUGCCAUCCUGAAACUCAACUCACCAGCGGACUCAGAAUGUGGCCAUGCUCCGUCUGCCAAGCCGUAUUCACUCAUGAGAGUGGUCUUCUCUCACAUAUGGAGCAUAUGAGAAUGGAACCUAAGCAUCAAUUUGCUGCUCAAUAUGUCCUCUCUAGAGCAGCAGCAGAAAGACGGGAACGGGAUAUCCUCGCAGCAGUGUCAGCCACUGCUGGUGGUUCUGGACUUUUAAACCUAGCACCACCAUCACCUGCACAUUCGGACUCCUCCUCCAAUGGAAGACUAUCUUCAUCAGCUGGUUCUGAAGCAGGAGCAGCUGUUAAUAAGUUAACAGAUCUACUCCGAACUGCCAAUAAUGGACAUCAAGCAUACCCUGAUGAGCGGGUGGCAGCCAUUGCUGCUGCAGCAGCUAACAUGAUGGCACAACCUGGCGAAGGAGCAAACGCUGUCCAAGUCGCUGCCGCAAACCUGGUGACGGCUAUGCGUCAGCAGUUCGCCCGAGAGCCACCUCCAGCUCAGCCUCCUGCCGAGACCCCUCCAGCUCCAAACGAAGCAGCAUUGCGUAUUCAACAAGCUGAAGCGUUACUCCGAAGCCAAGCUGAGGCUCUCCGAUUAGCUGUAUCUCAGGCAGCAGCACAAGCGCAUGGAAACGAAGCUGUUAGUCCAUUAAGGCACAACGGAGGGUUUCCUCCGCAACCACCCAACGAUGCCAGUGGACAGCUAUCUCCUGAGCUGGUAGAAGCAUUCCGAAUCGCUCAGGAACAGAGACUAGAACAAGCUUUGAGAUUGCAUGACCCGCGAAUGCUAGGCUUUAAUUUACCAUCUCCGGUGCAGGCAGCUCAACAAGCUGUGGCUGCCCAACAAGCAGUGGCUGCGCAACAAGCCGUUGCGGCACAGCAAGCUGCCCAACAGGCGGUUGCAGCACAACAGGCAGCAGCUGCACAAUUAGCUGCCCAACAAGCAGCGCAGCAGGCUGCACAGCAAGUCAGUCAACAGGCGGCACAAGCUGCCCAACAAGCUGUACAGCAACAGCACUUGCAGCAUCAAGCCGCCCAAGCUGCUCAAGCUGCCCAAGCCGCACAAGCAGCCCAGCAAGCCGCACAACAAGCGGCGCAGCAAGCUGUCCACCUCCAGCAGAAUCCUCAGCCAUGAAAAUUCAGUUAUUACUAAUCGGAUGCGAUUUUUGCAUUAAAAAAAUAUUGACUAGGAAUUUUCAAAAACAGUUUUUAUUUUUUUCGGACAUGAAAAGUAUUUUUACUUUCCGGAGUUGUGAGCAUGGAAUCGCCUCUGAUUGGUAAUGUUGUUACUUAAAUAAUAAUGUUACAUUAAACAACUGAAAAUGUUCGGAACUUUUUGUUAGGAUGGAAAUGAGUUUACAUGUAGCCAGAAAAAUUAUACGACUAUAAAAAGUAACAUAAAAUUUAGAUAGAUAUUGUUGUAAAUAAAUAGGGAAACGUUAGAAGAAACGAUUUCUGUAAAUAUAAGAGAAAAAAAGUACCUAAAAUUAGAUGAAAAUUU